AUGCCGAUUAAAGCCACUGUUCCCAUUCGUAUUGCCGUCCAGAUCUUGCAAGCAGUGAUUGCGAGGUAUAGGGGUAUCUUUGUCGUGUUCGUGACACGUGUUGUGAGAAGUAUACUCUAUCUAUGGCGGAAAGGCAGCAAAGGCGUCUACUAUGCAUUCAAGCUCAUCUUCUUCCAGAGAUCGUUGGUGUUUACGUUUGCAAUUGCCUACAUCUACGAAGUUGUACCGAAAUUGUUGAAAAAGACGCUAUCUCAUUUCUACCGCUUCAAAUUUGACACUCUCCAUGAAGAUCUAGCCAGCAUUUUGGUAAGCCCGUUUAGCUCGGACAACUUGGCCAUCUUUUUGGCCCGUUUGGUCGCCACCAUGAAUGCCUUGAACCCAUUGUUUGUGAAAAUGCUAGCUCCGCUCGUGCAGGAAAAGCAGGUUCGAUUUGCCUCCACCUUCAUGGCGGGUCUCACUGCUGCGCUCUUGAAUUUCCCCAAUUUCCAAGAAGAGCGAAUACAAAAGGACCGCUUCUAUACGUUUGACUGGACUUUGAUUCUAGCUACAAAGGCCAUCGACUCCGUCAUGUCAACGGUCUUCUCAAGGAUCAUCGACUUGCCUCCAGGCACAAGCGGGUUCAGUGACUUGGUCUUGUGCACCGUUGCCGUGUAUCUCCUUAUGGAUGCUUGGUUCUACAACCCGGAGAAAUUGAACCCCAGCUACUUGAAAUGGUUGAACAAGAUGUCCAACAUCGAUGCAGAUGUGUUGCAAGGAAUGAGAUACUUGCGAGAUGGCUCGUUGAACUACGGACCAGCCAGUGCUGGACUUCCCAAUCAACACCAUUUCGAAAACGUUGCCAGGAAAUACGGCAAGGAUGCAAGCUUGGGAGACCUUACCAUCCACGACAAACUACCGUGCGAAGUGCUACACCAAUUCAGAAGCAAAAGCUGUGUCAAACACGCAGCCUAUACCUUUUUCAGCCAGUUUGCAACCGCAUUCAAGUUUUACGGCUCGGUGAAUUUAUUCGUUUACACAAUGGUAAAGAAGUUCUAUGGCAACCCCUGUAAAAUAUUCUUGAGGACAAUAAGGUCAUCGUUGUCCUUGACUUCACUAUCAACUUUGCAUUGGUGCUGCAUCUGUGCUGUGCGAAAUUACCAUCCGCACAUAUACGAUCAGAGGUUUUGGGACGUUAUGGGACCUAAAAUUGGAGCUGCAGUGGCAAGCUUUGGAAUCGCUUUUGAAAGCGCGAUAAGGAGAAGUGAUUUGCUAACAGUGAUUGCCCCCAAGGCCCUCGGAACAUUGCUUGACUCUACUCCUUCGGAAAAGAAUCUUUGGAUGGAAACAAUAGUGUUUAGCGUGAGCUUUGCAAUUUUGGUAGCAUAUGCGCGACUGAACCCGGCAAGAUUAAGAGGGUUGAUUGGAAAAGGUUUCGGCUACUUGAUCAAGUGA